AUGGCAACCAACGAGGUGCUUCUGCAGAUCUUCACCAGCACCCUCUCCCCCGACAAGGUCCGCCGCGAGCAGGCGGAGGCGGCCCUUACACAAAUCUCCGCGGAUCCACAACUGAUCGUUCAGAUCAUCCACUUCGCAUGCCAGCAGCUCCCGCAGGACGUUGGCGCGGAGGUGCACCACGCGCAGCACGCUGCCGCCAUUCGUGUGCGCAACGUACUAGGGCGCAGCGACUGGAACCGCCAGUCGUACUUCACCGCCGACGUGAAGGCGGCGGUGCGCGGGUGCAUUGUUCCGCUGCAGUGUGAACCGCAUGUGUCAGAGCGAAUUCGCCGGCAGCUGCUCGCCACCACACAGGAGCUCGUCAGUUACGAUUUUCCGCGGCAGUGGCCGACCCUGAUGCCGCAGCUCACGUCUAUACUCGACGCGUCUGUGGUGAACCUUCGCGUCGCGGCAGACGUGUCGCAGGUGCGGGAGGCUGCGACGCUGCGGCUCAAGGGUGCCCUCGGCGUGCUACGUGCCUGCUGCAAGUACUACCAGAACCCCAUGACCAUGGAGGCUGAUACCAUGGAUGAGUUUGCCGACUCCCUCUGCCCGUCGCUGGUGUCUCUCAUAGAGCUGCUGGUGGGCGUCUGGACGCAGGAGCUGAUGGUGCAGCAGCAGCAGCAGCAACAACAACAACAAGGAAAUGAUGGCAUCGGUGGUUCCUGUGGGAAUGGGCCCAUCUCAUUCACAGUCUCUGCGUGGCACACGGAACUCUCGCAUUGCCUGCGCAUUGCCCUAAAGUGUAUUGAUUCCCUCGUCAGUGUCCGCUGGCCACAGUACCUCUGUGACCUAAAUGCGGUGGAUCGUUUGUGCCAAGGUUGCAUUGGACAGCUGCUCGACGCAACGCACGCGACACUUCUCCCACUCUACCGCCAACGCAUUCCCGUCAAUGAUGGCGAUGAUUCCGACAUGUUCUCAUUGUUUCACGAGUCGGCAGUGUGGAAGCUUCUGAAGUGGGUGGAAUGCUUGUGCCACACGCUUCUGAAGGAACUCAUGUUCCCCAAGGAGUGUGAGCGCCGCGCACAAGCGGCAGCCAGACACUUCUGCGAACACCACCUGCUGCGGAUUGUGCAGCAGGCACUCGACCUUGUGCGGUGGCACGCGGCCCCGCGGCUCCUCACUUCGAAGGCGUACAUCAUGGCACUCGAGAUCCUCACGUUCGCAGUGAACAGGCGGGCGGCGUACCGCGACAUCAUCGCCCCACACGUGGAGGAGCUCAUCAAGGGCCUCAUCUUCCCCCGCCUUGCCUUCUCUGCGCAGGACGCGGAGAUAUGGGAGCUUAACCCCGUCGAGUUCGUGCGGCAGCAGACAAGCCCCACGGGAGACCUGUUCAACGCAAAGGUGGUCUCCGUGGGUCUUCUUAUGUCGCUCACGGUGCCGACAAAGUCGUUUCACAACGCGGCGAUGAUGAACGAUGUCAUGCAGUACGUGCUGCAGCAGCUCGCAACCCAUGUGGAGGCGGCGUCGCGUGGGGACCUGGCGGCUGCUCGCGUCGUGGACGCCGCGCUCUUCACCGUCUACCACUUGAACAAGACCCUCGCCGCGAUGGACCUGGGUGACGAUAGGGUGGAGUGGGUGCUCACCAGCUACGUGUUGCCUGUGGCGAGGGGCCCGAUCGGAUUCCUGCGUGCUCGCAGUGUGCUCGUGCUGAGCGUGCUCGCGCCCAAGAUACGGUGGAGCAGCCCACAGAGUUUUCAGAACGUCCUCGCGGCGGUGCUGCCGCUCCUGCAGGACGCGGAGAUGCCGGUGCGCAUUCAGACAUGCACGUCGCUGGCGCCGCUCAUAUGUCACCGCUACGCGCGGGACGUUGUCACACCGUGCAUCGGCGACAUUAUUCAGCAUUACUUCAGCGCCAUGCACCUCAUGGACAACGAGGGGGUCGUGCGUACGCUGCGCAGGACAAUGAAGCAUUACCGUGACAGUCUCUCGCAGUGGGCACUGCAGCUCACCGAUAUGCUGGUACACCACUUUGAGCAGGUGCUGCGGCGCACCAUAGCCGCGGAGCACAAUGAUGACGCCAUGCCGACGACGUUUAGCUUCGACAAGAGUGCAGAUAAGCAUGACCCGCUCAAUGGCGAUGAUGGCGGUGUUACCGACUCCAUCAUGGUCGCCGACGAAAUUCUGGAGACCCUCACAACACUCGUGCUUGCACUUCCUCACCACAGCAAUACUGUGUCCGCAGCGCAGAUGGAAGGCAACCUGCUGCUGCAGAUUCAGCAGCGCACCGCGCCUUUAUUGUUCGCCGUGCUCUCCAAGGAGUGUGGAAGCAGCUUCGGCUUCAUGGAUGCCGCGCUGAAGCUGCUUACCACAAUGCUCUCUCAGAGCUCUGCCGUGGCGCCACCCACGUGGCGGCUGCUUCUGUGUCUCCACCGCCUCGUGGUGGAGGGUGCAGUCGACUACUUUGACGAGAUGCUGCCCCCGCUAGACAACUACGUUUGUGUGGCUCCCGCGCUUUUCCUUCUAUCUCCCAUGAACGAUCUGUGCGAGGUGCCGGAGUUCGCUGUGAAUCUCGCUUCCGUGACACCGGCUCAGGUCGUCAGCACAAUGUGUGACGCAGUGCUGAACAGCAGUGAUGCCCUGAGCAUGCGCGAGGUCUCUGCCGUCCCUAAGGUGUACGACUCCAUCCUCCAGAACUUGUGGCAGCUCGAGCAGCAGAAUGAGAGCCGCGCAAUGACAACAACAGUAGCAAACAGUCUCGUUGAGUACAUUACACAGACUGUGCUGCGGGUGCUAAAUGACUUAUCCGGCCGGAAGAAGCGUCACCGCACAUUAACUGUGUUGUUUGCCAACAGCAUCCUUUCUGCGGUGUUGGCAAACACUGCUCUCACUGUCGCGACGCUCACUGCCUCCGGCGCCCUCUUGCCGUUCUUCGUUCAUUACAUUCAGCUGGUGCAAGGAGAGGCGAUGCAGACAAUGCUGCGCUCUUACGAUCACCGUCUGUUUGUGAUGGCCAUUGCGGCGCUUGUGCGGCUGCUGGCUGGACAAGCGGAGCUGGUGUGCGGUGUGGAUGAGGCGCUGUGCCAUGUGCUGCAGAGCGGUGUGUUGUUAACUUACAGCCAGAAGGAAGGAAAUCUCGCUGCAAUGGAGCUGAAGAGACGGUCAGCGCCCCACGGUGCCAACGGCGACGACGAGGAGGCGGAGGAGUGGAGCGAUGAUGAUGACGACAGUGACGACGAUGACGACGGUGAUGAUGAUGAUGAGGAGGAGGAUGGUAUGGACUCUGAAUGGGACGACGAGGAUGAGGAUGAGGACGAGGAUGCACCUGGGGAUGCGUCCGCGUUGGCAAACAGCAGUCACUUGCAGGCGCUACUCAUGGCAACACGCGAUGCGCGUCUCAGAUCGGCUUCCGCUGGUGAAGGGGACGACGUGGAUGAUGAUGAUGAUGAAGAGAAUCUUCUUGAUGAGAACGACUUCGUGAGCCCUAUUGACACGUGCAACGCGUGGUCCGUGCUGCUGGACACUGUUAAUCACACGGCUGCUACUGCCACUGCUCUAGCGGGUUCAUCCACGCGUUUCUUCCAGCUUCUGAAAGACGCCGCCGCCCAACAGCAACUGGAGUCGAUUCUGCAAGUGAGUAGCAUGAUGGGGCGACUCAUGGAGGCCCGCAAGAAGCGGCACACGACUGCUGCUGCUGGAGCUACUGAUGCUGCAGAACCAUCCCCUAACGCGUAA